AUGCUACCCUAUGCUGCUUUCACGCUCAUAGCUAUCGUAUGGUUGAUAUACCGGUUGGCGCUCUUUCUCAGUAUACCCGUCUGGAGGAUUGUGUCAACGCUAGGGCUCCAGGUUCCACAUACUACUAGAGUGUCUAUCGAUGAAGUCACCAGCGACACCAUCACUAUACGAUGGGAGAACGAACCUUCUGAGGUCGAGAAAGACACGCCCUCCAUCUCUCGCUACAUUCUGUAUCUCAAUAAUGUGAAAGUCGGAACAUUUCCCAACAUUGGUACUUCACUGUACACCUGCUGCUCGCUCAAGGACCUUUUGCCUCACACUCAAUACCAGCUGGAUUUUGUCUGCGUUAACCAAGAUGGGUUCAUGAACAAGGUUCCAUCAACCUAUGUCAUGACAAAGAAUGCUGCCUCUAGCAGUUCGGAUAGUGUGCCGUUUUUAACAGUCGACGAUGCCGAAUCGAAUCCACUGACUGCACAGAACUUCCCUGCUGAUAUGAAAUGGCGUAAGACUCAGGUGGUAGUCUCUACCGAUUCCCCCACGUCUUAUGCUAGCUUGACGUCACUACAGGAUCUCGAUGACUACUCUAUUAAUGAUCUCAAAAAUAUUCUUGUUUGCGCGCAAGAGGACCUCCACGAAGUCCUUCAGCAACAGGCAUCGGUCUUUCAAGACUUUCGUGAAAGCGAGAUCCAGCUUCGUCUCGAGCUCGACAACCUUAAAGCGCAAUGGGCUCACGAGAUCGAUCUCCGCAAGAGCCUGAAGUCCAGUAUAAAGUCAUUAGAAAAUUCCAAAUUGCUCUACGACUUGAAGAAGGGGAAACUGGACAAAAACAUUAAUCAAAGCCGUAACAAGAUCAACAAAAUGAAAAAUGACAUAGUCAAGUGGGACCAAGAGAGGGCCCCCCACUUACGGCAAGAUCUUCUGAAGCAAAAAUUCAGUAACGAGAAAUCCUCCCUAAUUGAGAGAAUUGACAAGGUUUCCUGCCAAAUUCGCGAACUGCACGCGCAGCUUACUAGCCAGGAGGAGGAGAAUAAAAAGCUGAAUUCUGUCAAGAAAUCUCUGGACUCGACCAAGCCUGUAGCAACUACCGCUCAUGUCCCGGCUGCAUCUGCGUCAACAUCAAAACGGAAUAGUCCUGUCGAUAGCAUGUCAGUUCCUCCACCAAAUCUUGCUUCCGUUAUCAAGAAGAUCAACGACUACACCAAUGAAAAGACAGGAAUGCUUACGAGUCCCGGACAUGAAUUCUUGAACGCCUUGAGUGAAAAUUCUCAAUUGGUUUCAGUGAUUAAAGAAGAAAUUAGAAAAGAUGUGGACCUUGAGAAUCAAUGGAGAGCUAGGAGGUCUAAGCUUGCCAAACGUAACGACCUUUUAGAAAAAAUGUGGGCUGACAUUAGUAUAAACAAUCAAAAGCUAAGAGACAGCCUUGCAGCUCAGCCCUACACGUCGCCACCCGCAAGUGCCAGUAACGCAGUGCCUGCACCACAACUAACAUUGCAUGACCCAGCCACCUACUCCACAAACGAAGGACUUCAUGAGCCCUCUACGUUUGGGAGUGGCUCCUUCCAUGCCUCCCCCCCUCCUCCUCCUCCUCCCCAUUCAGUGCCAUACAACAAUUGGGAUAUAAACCAAGAAAGGCGUCAACCAAUUGAGUAUAAUGGCGAAGACCAAAAUUUUGAUUACGACGAUUCCCAUCACCUUUUGAGCGGCUUGCAGAACAUGAUUUCCGAAGCCGAUUACCAAGCGACGAAUGUCAGCACUUCCAAGUUGUACACUACUGACCAAUUGGACAACUACUGGAGCCGUCAAAACGUCUCUGAGGCUGCUGCUCAUAUGGGGCAAAGCAGCCCUCUAGCCCAACCAUCGCAUAUGCCACUUUUGUCACCAGCGUUUGUGUACGAAGUCCAGGGCAUUUCCCCUAGCGGACCAAUGUUGCGCACCGACUCUUUCGCACCUAUGUCAGUGCCCAACGACGAAGAGGUGCCAGGUCUUAUUCCCGCCCAGGUGGUCCAGAGAGACGAGGUGGCGUCGUUCGGGUCCGGGUUCAACAACGACCCUGUGAUGAGAACAUCCCCAUUAUCAUUGCCUCUAAAAGAGGAGUUCACCAAAGACAAUCUUUUCAGUUCCGGCCACUAUAAUAACAUCUGGGGCGCACCGCAAGGAAAGGAGACGCCAAUUUCUUCACCGUUGGGAGAAACGGGGACACCAAAAGCUCUACACUCGAGAAGUAGCAGCCACGGAAGCUGGGGACUUCCUCAGUUUAUGCAUAAAUCCCCAAACAGCAAUAAAACAGAUUCCAAGGCUGAAAACUCACAGAGCAGUACCGACAACAAGGACAAAGAGACCACACAUAGUAACGGCAGAAGAAUCUCUCGGCUACUCUCAAAAAGUGGGAUGAAUCAUCUAUUCAGAUCGCCCACUCAUGAGAGCUCGCAUAGUAACGCUUAG